AUGGCGUCGCAAGGAACGCCGAGGAUCAGAAUCAUCUUUUGGAUCGAAAUCAUCUUCUUCGAUCACCAAAUGAAUGCCAAAAAGGGCGUUGCAGGGAAAUCCAUGAUGGCAAGACAACAGGAGCAGAGACGGCUAUGGACCCCAGAAGAAGACGAUAGGCUCAUAGAAUUUAAGCGCAACUACCCCGAUCGACCUUGGCCAGGUACCGCAGAUCUGGCAGGGCUGGACAGGCGUGAUAAGAGUUGUUGGGAGAGGUGGUAUAACCAUCUGAAGCCUGGUGUCAACAAAGAGAACUUCUCCGAAGAGGAAGAUGACAUCAUCAUCCGCAUCCAGCGAACGGAGCAUAGGAAUGAGUGGGCAUAUAUGGCAAAAGAAUAUCUUCAAGGGCGAACCGCUAAUGCUAUCAAGAACCGUUGGAACAACCAUUUGGAGAAGAUGCUUAUGGGUGACCUUGAGCGAUACCUUCUCACGGAUGAUGAGACUAGUGAUCACUCUGCCCGGGAAGAUGACGUUACGUCUUUGAUGGCCAAGUAUGGUUCUUUGAUUUAG